AUGCCGAUCGGUGAGGGCGAAGCAGCGGCAGACUGUGCGGUGGACUUUGGGCCCGCCCCGUCCCUCUCGCUGCGGCUGUGCGGCUGGCGUCUUCACCGUGUGUCUUUGCCCUCGCACGACGGGAGAAAUGCGGCGCCUCGUCUGCUGCUCGUCUGCCGUGUGGCGCCGGCUGCUGCUGCCUCCUUCCGUGGCCGUGAGGGGAAAGUAAGGGGCACGCCGAGAAGGAGAGUGGACUGUGGCUCGCUCUCUUUCCUUGCGGGUGCUGCCUCAUUUGUGUCGCUGCGGGUCCAAUUCCAGUGCGUGUGA